GUACUAGAAAUGUAUGCAACUUGUUAUACACCGAUGACACAUCUGCUAUGGUUGGUGGAAAACGUGAAGUUCUUGUAGAGAAUCUUGUAAAACUAAAAGAAUUUUUUGAUACAUUUACUACAUAAUACAAUAUGUCCAACAAGAAUAAGAUAACAAUCCAGCAUGGUGCACUGGUUUGUGAUGAAUCCAAACUACGAGGUGAAAUAACCAUUGGUGCAAACUCUAUUAUUCACCCCAGUGCAGUAAUCUAUGCAGAAUCAGGCCCUAUAAUUAUUGGUGAUCAUUGUAUUAUAGAAGAAAAGGCAAAGAUUAUCCAUAGGGUCCCAUUUGAUAGAGCAGAUAAAACAACAACUCCAGCACUAAUAAUUGGUUCAAACAAUGUCUUUGAAGUUGAUUGCACAGUGGAAGCAUGCCAAAUAGGUGACAACAAUGUAUUUGAGCCUAAAUGUUUUGUUGGCAGCAAGGUUACCAUCAGUGAUGGCUGUGUUAUUGGAGCAGGCUGUUCAGUCACAGAAGAGGAGAUAAUUCCAAAGAAUACUGUUAUUUAUGGUGGCAAUCAUAUGCGGCGGGAGGCAUUUGAUAAACCUGCAGUGCAACAUGGGCAAAUGGAGACAUUAAAAAAGGUAUUGCCAGGGUACCAUCGUCUAAAGAAACCUACAGAGCCACCACCACAAUAAGUAAAAUAAAAUGCACUAUUGUGCCUGCGCACUGCUCUUUGAUAUCUACGGGCGACCCGUAGUAAGGGGUGGGGGUAGGCCCUAGCUACAUGCGUGAUGCUGGAAACUGCGGGUACAUGUGAAAACCAGGGGGGAGGGAUGUUUAAAAAGUCAUCCCUAGUAUUAGAAAUUAUUUAAUACUAUUAAUUUUAAGUUAAGUUCUUAAUUAAUAAGAAUUUAAGCUUUAUUCACACUUUUUCAUAUAUUAAAUAACUCAAAUGUUGAAACAAUUUGCUUUAAAAGUAACAACAAA